UCGAAACUGUCAAGACGUGCCUAGAAAAUCCCAAAUAUAAAACGCCAAGCGUUGCCCAGGCUGUCACCCUAGCAUUUAGAAAUAAAUCUAGGACUUACUGUGAUUAACAAUUCUCAAGCUAAACAGCAAAAGUGUGAGAUCGUGCAACACGUCGAAGGAAUCCCAACCAAUGAUAAGCAAGAUGGCUAGCAACACAACUGGAGAAGGAUCUGGUUCCGAAAGCACUGGCUCGGGACGUCGUCUUCCGCUUCCCUAAACGGCAGCAACGGCGACGAGAACACCAUAAAGGAAGUGGAAGCUAAAAAGAAGCAAACAGAAGCUCCAGCCAAAAAGAAAGAAGUCCAGAGACCAAGAUGGAAGAAGGAAGCCAAAAGUCUCACAACAGCAAGUCAAUCCCAGCUUCGCCAUCCCAGAAUAAGGAAUCCGAAACAGUUCCAUCUACAUCUGCUGGCUCUCUGACUCCACAGGAGGAUGUGGACAUGGAAACGCUCCAAGUGGAUGCCUCCCCGAUACGCAGCGUCCAUGGGAAUAUGAAUGCCCUACCGGCGGCCACAUCCACGCCCGGACGCAGUCUCUUCAGUUUCCGCGGCAGCAGCAAGCAGACCACCGAGGUGGAUCUAACAUAUCAGACCUCUGGCUCUCCGGCAGGAACUCCGGCUCGCACCUUUGCCCAGAUCACAGGUAGACGACCCAUAAACUCGCUGACACCCUCCAAAGUGGGCACCUACAGGAGCUGCAACAGCGAACUGGACACCUCGAGUUGCACAAAUGCCAGCAUGAACGCUACCGUGGGUUCUGAGACCCCCAACAGCUCGUCCUUCUCGUUCUCGUUCUUUGGCCGUGGUCGCAAACGCGACCGCACUCCCCCACCACUUUCGGCUACUCGGUCGACGAGUAAUCUGGGACAAGACGUGGAAUUGUCGCCACCAAAGCGCGCCCGUUUCGAUUUGUACAGCCUGAACCUGGCCUCGCCCUUCAGUAUGCUGCGCUCGAAGUUCUCCAAGACUACAAUUAGUUCUCCUGCCCGUUUGCGUCUGGAUCUGAACGGUUCCGGCGUGGAGGAGCAACAGGGACACACAUCUUCGAGCAGCGUAUCGGAAGAAGUCGAGGUAGAGGAGGAGCAGCCCAUCGAGGAUGUGUCCGGUCUGGAGACGACCAAGGAGGCCAGCUCGACCAGUAAGGAAAUUCCCGCCACGAAGAAUGCCGAGGGUAACAACGUCGAUGGCCAAGAUGUCGAUGAGGCAUCCGACGGAAACAUUCCCCCCGUCGUUGAGGACGACGAUGUGGCCGGAGACGAGGACAAGUCCCGCUGCUCAAUUAUGUAAUAGGACAAACAAACCCUUCCCUUAGCUGAUAAGUUUAUGUUGCCUUUUGUGAAAUUUAUGUUUAGAGAAAAAAGAACUGCCAUCACAAACGUUGAUAGCCAGCCUUGGAUUGGUAUUUUUUCAACAAGAAAACCUCUUCAAGGCCUCAGGACCUAACCAACAAGGCAGAGAUUCCUUGCUGAUUGGCUUCUCCAUGUUAAUUCGCAAGUCGCAGUCAACCACCGACAAAUCAAUUGAUCGGUUCCCAGGCAAAGUGGGUACCCAAAACGAUCAGAAUAGAACAUUUUAAAAGCAACAAUAUAAUUGUGAAUUUAUUUGAUUUUGU